AUGAUGACGUGCCGUCUGCUGUGCGCCCUGUUGGUGCUCGCCCUGUCCUGCUGCCCUUCCGUGUGUAUGACAAUCCCUGAGAAGGCUUUAGUUUCUGAAGCUCCAGUUGAUGGUAAAGGCGCCGGUCAAUUGUCCCAUACACCUGGAGGAACACCGGCCACGACGCUCGGUGAGCCAGGUUCGACAGUUCCGGGGCCGGUUACUGAACAAGGAAGCGAAGCCGGAAAUGGUGGAGCUGCGACCGAUCCACAACCGCAACCAAAUGCUGCUCUGAAUAAUUUACAAGGAAAAGGUACGGAUGAUAAGAAAAAGACAGAAAGUGGAACGAGUUCGUCUGCAGAACAAAGAAAUAAGAGUGAAGAAGAUUCCGCCCAGAAGACCACGACGACCACGACUACACUAGCACCAACCACGACCACUACGAGCACUACAACCACGACUACAGAGACACCAACUACUACAACCACCCGCGCACCGUCACGUCUUCGUGAAGUCGACGGCAGCCUCAGCAGCUCUGCGUGGGUGUGUGCCCCGCUGCUGCUCGCCGUAUCCGCGCUGGCGUACACCGCUCUGGGCUGA